AAUCCACAGCAUAAAAGAGUUUGACUGCUAAAAAUUUGACCUGUCUCCUUCUUGGCACUGCAAGCUACCUGUCCAGCAUCCUCUCCCUUAGGCUUAAAAAUUGUCAAAUAAUUUUAUUUACAUCAGCCGAAGCUCUCGGGUGAUACAGAGGGAUAGCAGUCAUGGCGGUGUACAAGCUGGUGCUGAUUCGCCACGGAGAGAGCAACUGGAACCAGGAGAAUCGCUUCUGCGGAUGGUUCGAUGCAGACCUGAGCGAAACGGGGGAGAAUGAGGCGAAGAGGGGAGGACAGGCCCUAAAAGAUUCUGGUUUUGAGUUUGAUAUUUGCUACACCUCCGUGCUGAAGCGGGCCAUCAGGACUCUGUGGUUCGUCUUGGACAGCAUUGACCAGAUGUGGGUACCGGUGCAUCGGACCUGGAGGCUCAACGAGCGCCACUACGGGGGCCUAACGGGGCUCAACAAGGCUGAGACGGCUGCCAAGCACGGGGAAGCUCAGGUUAAGAUCUGGAGGCGCUCAUUUGACAUUCCUCCUCCUCCUAUGGGCCCAGACCAUAGCUACUACAAUAUUAUCAGCAAGGACCGCCGUUAUGGAGACUUGACUGAAGACCAGCUGCCGUCCUGCGAGAGCCUCAAGGACACUAUUGCUCGGGCUCUACCAUUCUGGAAUGACGAAAUCGCCCCUCAGAUUAAACAGGGAAAGCGGGUGCUCAUCGCUGCCCAUGGAAACAGCCUAAGGGGGAUUGUCAAACACUUGGAGGGAAUGUCAGAUGAAGCAAUCAUGGAACUGAACCUGCCAACGGGCAUCCCGAUCCUAUAUGAGCUCGACAAGAACCUGAAACCAGUGAAGCCGAUGCAGUUCCUAGGAGAUGAGGAGACUGUACGCAAAGCCAUGGAGGCAGUUGCUGCUCAAGGGAAAGUCAAGAAGUAAAAAAAGAAAUGCAGGGAAAUUAAAAAUCAAACAGAAAAGCCUCCCUUUUGUGCAAUGUCAUAACUUCUCCCUAUAAGCUGGUCUAGGAUUAGUGUAUUUUUCAAAUCCUAAUUGUCAAUAUCCUGUAGAUUGUCUAAAGCGAGUUUAUCUUCUUGCUUAGCUGAGAAGAAUGAUAGAUAAUGAUGGGCUGGUGUAUAUCAGAGCAAGGGGGGCCACAACUCUCAAGAAAUUGUGAAAGAAAUUUAUAUAUUCAUUAUUUAAGAAGAAAUAAUUAACAUGACAUCAAACAGCCAGUCGUUGGUGUUGAUGAUUCCUGAAUUUGAAAGCUGGUACAUUUAAAAAAGGCAGAGCUUUGCCUGUGAUCAUUUCAGCAUAACUAAAUUAGAAAAAUUAACUACAGUUUUCAAUGUGUUUACGGUGUGCUCUGAAAGAAACUAUGUUCCAUGCACUAGUUUUUUAGGACGUACUACCUCUGUCUCCAAAGUAUUUAUUUAGUGAACAAGUGUUCAUUUUUACCCCCAGGUAAAUAUUUGUAUUUUGCAAUUUCUUGAGAGAUGGUAAAGUUUUUGUUUGUUCUCAUUUAAAAUUAAUGUGUAUCAUCUAGCUGUGUGUUGUUGCUGUCUAUGUUGUGUCUGAUGCUAUGUGAAUUUGAACCUUGUCUAAAUCUACAUUGCUGACUUUUGCUCCCUAUACUUACACAAGUGAAAUUUUUCUUAUUUUGAUCCAGUUCAAAGAGUUUCAGUGUUAUUCUCUAGAGGAAAGUUCUCAAGACAGUUCUUUUGUGUGUUUUGACCAUCUUUGAUGUGUCUCAUGUGCCUGCUGAAUAUUCUAACAUGUCUUAUAGUGUUGGUGUGUUGUCUUAUUUUUUCCCUGUACUUUAAACAGCUCUGAUCUAAUAAAUGUACAAUUAGGGGAAUA